GAAGUGUGGACUAAGUGAUCAGCCAUCGAGGACCUCCCCAGAGCUUGCAAAUGCAGGCCAUUGCCUGAGUAACCUGCUGUUUCCAUCUUACAAAUGUGGGCUGGUGGGCUUAAAUGCUAAAACGCUCCUGCCGCUGCAUGAACCGAACGACAUAAGUACAGUUAUUUUCAGUUCUGUUUUUCUCAAAUGGAAAGUUUUUCAGUUUUUCUGUAAGAGCUCAGGAUGCUCAUUUUCAGUAACUGCUUACCUGGUCAGACAAAAGGGUGGAUUUUGAUGCUUGUUUUGCAUUGUUGGACUGGUCUGAGCCAGCAUGUGCCCAUCAUUCCAGCAGAUUGCAAUAAGAACAUUAUACUGCCAUGCAGCGUCAGUGAUCCAGGUAGAGGUUAUCGUUAUAUAGUUUGGUAUAGAAAUGACACUGCUAUCAUUAAAAGGAAAAACGUUGAAGUGACAUUUUAUAACAAGUCCUCGCCUGCAUCUCUGGGAGUCCACGAUACACUGGUGUUACUUAACGUGCAGCCCUCUGACUCUGGAUACUACCAUUGCUUCUUGGCUGCAGAAGUUGGCCAAAAAGAUAGGCAGUCAUACGUUGGACUCACAGUUUCAGAGUGUGUGACUGUAAGUCCAACCAGGACUACAUUUGAAGAAGAGUGCACUCAUAAACAAGUGGAAGUUUCUGUUCUGUGGUUACUUCUGGGUUUUAGUCUUUUCAGCAUGAUUAAAAUAAUUUUCUGCAUCAUAACUGUCAUAGGUUGCAAAAGGCAGAGAGGAAGUGAAGCAAGACACAGAAGCGGGAAACAGAGAAACAAUUCUUGCAAACAAAGAAAAAAAAGACAGUUCUAAGGUUUGCAGCUGGUUACUUCCUGAUGACAGACUGGCUGUGCUUCUUCUAGUUUCACCAAUUUUUGUUAGUUUUACUUUGCCAUUUGCCACCCCAAGAAAAUUUUUACUACCUAGAGACGGUGAAGGUAGCACAUGGCUUCUUUGACAUACAGUAUAUGAAGCUACAGUAGCCAGUUAUACAGAAUAUUCUGAAAACUACUGCUUAUGCUCUACCAGUGGGUAGUGGGACACACCAAGAGGUAAGCAAAAGAAAGAAAACUUAAAGCACAGCCUUGAGAUUCAGUCUUGAAACCUUCCACAGUAAAACAUUUGAAUAGUGCAAUCAUUUUAAUGAAGUAAUUAUAAUCCUGGUCCGUGUGGCUCAUACAACUUAUUGGGAGAUCAGUGUUUCUGACAUGAAGAAACAGUGCAUUCAUACUAAGCAAUCUUUCUACAUUGAUGGUAUUUAAGCACCAGUUGUAACACUGGGAUAGGUACACAUGUGUAGCAGAACAUUGUAUAGAGAAAUAAAGUAGUUCCUACUCUCAUAACUGUGUUCUCUUAUUCUGCACAUUCAACAGUUGACUUGAACAUCAAUGGUACAGUAUAAUGCAAGAUUGCAUUCUAAGACUUUUAAAAGCUGUACUCUUUUUCUUUUCUUUUUUACAGUUUUUCUAAAUGCAGAAGAAAUUGUGUACACAGCAUUUCUAUUCUUACUAAUAACAGUUUAAAAAUUGUAUUCUCUUUAACAAAAUGAUCAUCUGCUGUGGUGCAUUUUCUAUUAUGUAUUUGUAAUGACUAUGAUCAUUAAAUGGAUUUUUUGAUAUCCAGUAACAGCAUUAUAAUAUUAAUGAUUAUCACAGAGCCUGAUGAACAUCAGACCCGUUUGGCCGGAAUACAUCUUGUCGAGCACACUUUCAUACACUAUCGUUCAAACAUUAGAAAAUUAGCAUGGCCAAUUUAAUUGCUGGCUGUACCUGGAAGUACAUAAGAAUCCACAUGAUUUAUACCAACAUCUUAUAAACGUUAUGAACAGACUCCACAUAGGAUGGAUUACAAAUUCUGAUAGGAUUCCCCAAAACAAAAAAAUUGAAAUGAAACACAAUGAUAAAAAACAAUUGACAGUCUACAAAGGGUGUACUAAAUAAUAAAUAUCUAAACUAAAUAUCAACAACUAUAAAUGUUUGCCAUAUUGAAUACUUGUUACUGACAGUUUGCUGAGGUUAGUUAUACUAAAUGUUUUGAUGAUUUAAAAUAAAUAAUCUGAUUAUCCUUUCUGCUAGAAUAUGCCAGAAUGCUUCAAGGGGAAAACCGAAUUAUACAGUUUAAUAAGUCUCAAACACUCAAAUUUCAUGUAAUUUUAUAGCUCAUUCAUUAACCAAUUACCACCUGGUAACUUUUAAUAACUUUUAUAUAAAGCCGAAAUAUUACAUUAUCAUUACAUUAUUAAAUCUUAGCCAUCUUUCACCCUCUCUCAUACUCACUGUGUGUGUGUGUGUGUGUGUGUGUAUGUGUGUGUGUGCACGUGAACACAUGCAUGCAUGCUUGUUUUACACUACUGUUUUUUCAUGAUUUUACCGAUGUGUUAAUUUCUCCUUUAUUUUAGUCUGUGUAUUUACAUCCUGUAUGGUUUUCCGGUUGCAGUACUAGCAAAAAAAAAAAAAAAAAAAAAAGAAUUCAUACCUGUGGAGCUUUAGAAGCCGAGUUAAUAGCAGCUUUCAUUUGGUUUACUAUUUUGUUGCAUGUUUAUCAGAAUGAGUGUAACACAAUAAAUCGAUCAGUCAUAACUUUAAAGCUAUUAACAUUAAAAACCCCUAUAGGUUUGGGUUUCCCUUGUGCCACUGGUGCAGCUCUGUCCUCUCAGAGCUUUACUCCACUGAGCCUCUGUGUGCUGUAGGUUGUACAACUGGGACAUUAGUGGCUGAUUCUUUGGGUGCUUUUGUUUGCAGGGCACACUGUGAUGUGCUGAGUGUUCUGUUACCUCUCUGUCAUGGCCAGCAUUAACUUUUAAAUCAGUAAAUGUCAUUCAAUUCACCAUGCCAGUAGUGUUAAUGUUAUGGCUUAUUAGUGUUAUUCAUGACAUCAAUAAAUCACAUUUCAAUACCUGGACUAUUUUCAUUUGCCUACAAAUUAAUUAUUGU